CCGGCAGCAGCAGCAGCAGCAGCGGGUGGACCGCCCUGCUCCGAGCCCGCCCAGCGCCGCCGCUGCAUCCGCGCCCGGGGAUCUGAGAUCCGCCGGCUCCAUCCCGCCGAAAUCCCGGCAGGAACAUCCCCCCCCGCCAGCCAGCAUGAUCAAGGGCUGUCAGAAUGAGUGCACGGGUGGAGGAUGUUCAGGAGAAACAGCAAAGCAUGUGACUGACUCUUUCAAGGCUUCCGACUUGAUUAUCACGCCAGCUACAACUUUCAAGCAAAAACCAGAUCCCAGUGGUUUGGUAUUUGGAACUGUGUUCACUGAUAAUAUGCUGACAAUUGAAUGGUCCUUGGCUUCAGGAUGGGAGAAACCCUAUAUUAAGCCACUGGAGAACCUUUCAUUACAUCCAGCCUCCUCAUCUCUGCAUUAUGCUAUAGAAUUGUUUGAAGGAAUGAAGGCUUACCGAGGAGUGGAUGGCAAAAUCCGCCUGUUCCGGCCAACUCUCAACAUGGACAGGAUGGCACGGUCAGCAAGGAGGACAACUCUGCCAUCUUUUGACCAGAAUGAGCUGUUAGAGUGCAUCCUGAAGCUUGUGGAAGUGGAAAAGGAGUGGGUCCCAUACUCAACCGCUGCCAGCCUGUACAUCCGUCCUACCUUAAUUGGAACUGAGCCUUCCCUUGGAGUGAAGAAGCCGACUAAAGCCCUCCUGUAUGUCAUACUGAGCCCUGUAGGCUCUUACUUUGCAGGUGGAAGCUUCAAUCCAAUAUCCUUAUGGGCGGAUCCAAAAUACGUAAGAGCCUGGAAAGGAGGAACAGGGGACUGCAAAAUGGGAGGGAAUUAUGGUUCUGCUAUUUAUGCCCAGCAAGAAGCCCUGGAGUUUGGCUGCCAGCAGGUUUUGUGGCUCUAUGGAGAAGAUCACCAAAUAACUGAAGUUGGAACAAUGAAUCUGUUUCUCUACUGGAUCAAUGAGGAUGGAGAAAAUGAACUGGCAACCCCGCCUUUAGAUGGCAUCAUCCUUCCAGGAGUGACAAGGCAAAGCAUUUUGGAUCUGGCACGCAGUUGGGGAGAAUUCAAAGUAUCUGAGCGAUACAUCACCAUGAGUGAUCUGACAGCUGCCUUGGAAGAAGACAGAGUAAAGGAGAUGUUUGGUGCUGGAACAGCUUGCAUUGUAUGUCCUAUCUCUAAAAUUUUGUAUAAGGGCAAGCAUUUGCACAUUCCAACUAUGGAGAAUGGGCCUGAGUUAACAACUCGUUUCCUGAAUAAGCUGAGUGAUAUCCAGUAUGGAAGAGAAGACAGCGACUGGGCGGUGCUGGUGUCAUGAAGGUGGAUGAGUUCAGACCCUCCAGAUAGAACAGACACAAAUAAUGACAACUUCUGUAGCUGCCAGUGCGUAGCAUAGUUUAAGUAUCAAUUUGCUCCCCAGGAUGAUUGUUUCCACAAUCCGGCAAAUGUGAACACAAUCAUUUUGAUUUCUACUGUAAUCUCCUUGGUAGAAGCCUGUCUUCUUGGUAGAGGUGCUAAAUGUUAGCAAUAGAACUUUCCUAAUGGUUUCCUUAGUGCCUCCUUAUGUACAGUCUGAAAACUUGUAAAAUGCUCUUCAACUGCUCUUCAGUUUGGUUUGUUUAGCUGCCAUCACCAGCAGAACACGUCGUGUGACACGAGGACGUCGCCUGUUUGCUGCCUGCAGGGUUCUGUUGGCAUUAUCCUGCCUUUUGCUCUGUGUUUGGGAAACAAAUACAUUUAGCCAUAUGCUCUUUCCUUUCAUAGUCUGCUUGUAUGGGAGAUUCCUGAGUUUGCACAGCCCUCCAGAUCCCCUCAUGCAUACUCUGUGGAAUAACUCUGUCCUUUGGGCCAAAACUCUCUAACUCGGUCUAAGCCUGCAAUAUGGUCCCUGCUGGCCUAUUGCCUUUCCCUCUGUGGGGAUAUGCAGUGGCUGCUCGGGCAGUGCAUACCUCUCUAAUAGUUGAAUACAUUCCUCCAGACAUGAUUUGAAGGGCAUGGUCAGGCCCUGCUGAGGCAAAAGUUCCCCUUUGUUAGGCCUAGAACGGAGCUGGGAAUUGUGGGCACAGUGUUGCCUUCCAGCAGAAUGUCUAGAAAAUAAGAUUAGACAACUGUGGCUGUGAAAAUUCAACCACUCUUCACAGCAACCCAGACUUUGGAUUAAGGAAUUUCUUUCAUCAUCCAAUCACACAAUUUAGACCAGCAAAAUGUUUUUCUUGUCCCCUUCACCUCUCACUGUGAAACGUAUCCAGUCUCCAUUGACAUACGUGUACUGUAGAAGGGCCUUCCUAUUAAGGAACAAGCAAUGUUGUCAACAAGCAAAUGUCUAGCACAAGAAGGAAAAAGCUUUCAUUCAAAACUCUGAUGUCAUCCUGUUUAAGCACAUCAUUCCCCAUUUAACGCUGCUGUCUCACAUGCAGUCUUGAUACUUUGGAAGCAAUACAGAGCAUGUAGCCCCUAGUUAGGGAAAUAACUUCUGCAAAUGUUCACUAACAAUCAUUCUGUAAUAUUUAUUAGCUUUCUCCUUUUGCACACAGCUUUGUUGAACAGCUUUAAGAUCUCUCUUGCCAAAAAGGAUCACCAUGUUCUGUAUCAAUGUUCCAAAGUGCUACUUCAGUGUAAAACUGGUGGAACUUUAUUGACACUUUAUUGGAGUCCUAUAAGAAGCAAAAGUGAAACAUUUCUUGUCCUAGUUUGCAGUAGAGAUGCUCAAGUAUUAAGGGAAACAUUUAGCACUUUAUUUUUUUAAGAACCAACAGUAUCUCUCCCAUGAUUUGUAAGUCCAUUGUAGUUACUGGUAUUUGUUAACAUAGUUUAAAAAGGCAAAAUAUAAUUUAUAAUAGACCAUCCAUGCCUUAUGCAACUGUUAAAGAAUAGCCUUAUGGCUUUCCUGUUCAUUUUUGGUCUGGUUUUAAAGACAGCCCUUCCUUAGCCAUUUCUUUCUUUUGCUCCCUCAAAUCAUGACUUUUCCUACCUUUCACUGCGGUCCGAUCUGAUCUUUCAAUGAAGAACAGUUGAAGGUUCUCUCUGACACUGUAAUCAUUGUUAAAAUUUGUUGAAUAGUUUUUUCUUUAGACAACAACUGUAAGCACAAAAUGGUGUUUCACUUACAGUAGCAAUAGUGUUGUGUGACUGUAUUUCUGACCAUUUGAAUCUGUACCAUGUGCUGGUCUUCGUUCAGUAUCUUACUGUGUACUACAAGCUGCUGGUAGUCUUUCCUUUUUUUUUAAUUACAUGGCUGGAAAAAUUACAUGAGGAAUGUGUCAAGAUGCAACAUGGGGUAGUAAGUUUUAUCUGAUGAGACCAGUAUCGUAACAAAAGAGUGCCUUUAACUAGAGCGUGGCAUGGAGCUCUCUACAAGAUUAUGUAAUGAGAAACCACAUGUGGCUUCCUUUUAACUGAACUAUCUAAUCUGUCCCUUAUGUUCAUCUUAGAUUUAGCAGCAAAAGGAAAAGUGAAAAUAUCUGUCUUCAGUGGUUGUACAAUACUUUAACAUCUCAAGGGGAAGUUAGGGUUGACAGAUACUGUCUACCAAAAAUCCCCGUGAAGGCCUCAGUGUACCAGCAGUAAUCUAUUCAGUAGGCAGAAUGAAUAAGGACCAGACAGAAGAAUUAUUUUACUGCAGUGUAAACCUGAAAGUUGUAUAAACCUCUUCUUAAACUCUUUGCAAGUAAUUUAAUGUGAAGAAACCAGGCGGUUUCAUUUGUUGUGGUUUGCACACUUUCUUGCACUGACCAGGGAGACACCUUUCCUUUCACUACACAUUUUGAGCUGAUGGAGACUUCAAAAUUAUGAGAAUUGAAACUGGAAUGACCCAUAGAAAUGCAUGGUCUUUUCUUGCAGGGAAGAAAAAAACAUGUAGUGUGUGUAUGUUAACUGUUGUCUUGAAGACCUUGGUUAAUUGCUUUACUCUGGCUGUGUCAACUCAAAGUUGUGCUUGUUUCCAAAUGGCAUCCAGGGGAAUAGGUUCUAGAUUUUAAAAUGUAAAACCUAAAUCAGGGAGCUGACAGCUCAGUAUAGUACAGGAAAUUCUUCUGGUGUUGCAUGCUGUCCUACUCUGAAUUCUGCCACUGCUUUUUUAUCCCGUUAUCCAAAGGAAAGAAAAAAUAUGUGUAAGUAAUAGAGAGUAUUUGGUACUGCAUUCUCCCUGGUUUUGCUUGUAAAAUUUAGGAGGGAACUGUGGUAUUCCCUGAGCUAAUAAUAGAUUGUAAAAGAACAUCUGCACAUCUUUUCUCCAUGUGCCCUAUUUGUUUAAUUGCAACAGAUUUACAUAGAAAGAGUAUGGUACAUCAUAACUAGGUAAUUAUCCAUUCUUCAUCACUUAGUUAUGGUUCUGGUAAUUGAUCAUUUAAGACAUAAGAUAGUCUAACAUUAGGAGAAUUUGAGACUGUUCAAAAAAGAUCAACAAAUUAAUAUUGUUGUGUGAUAUUUGCAUAAUUGGCUGCAAUUAUUUAAUGUUUAAUUGGGUUGAUCAAAUGAGAUUCAGCCUUUCACAUGCUUAUGUUUUACAAACACUGGUACUUUAAAAGGAUAAUAAUGAAUUCUAAUUUUCAUAUGUUCUUUCUUCUUCCCUUCAUUCUUUUGAUUAUUAUUUUCAGUAUUGAGCAUGUCCUUAAUUUUCAGUUUGGUGAGCAUGAUUCAUGCAUAAGAAAGAAGUCUGUCAAAUAAGAGAAUUUUCAGGAAACUGGCAUGUCAUACGAGCUGUUCUGGUGCCAAGAGUUAUGGCUUCAGCAACUGGUAUUACCUAACUAGAUUCUUAACUGGAAUGAGGGCAAAUUCACUGAGAAUUUACAGUGACAGACCCAGGUGGGAAUGUUAAUAAAGGUUCCUAGACUAGAAAAUCUGUUCAGUCCAUAGCAGUUCAAAGCAAACAUGGUUUUUCUGGGAUAUAGAAGGGAAGUCUGGUAAGACAAAAGGAAGGUAGUGAGAUACCUCUGCUCAGCCAUUGUUUACACCUGUUCAAAUGUCUCAAGCCAAAAAGCAGUUGUCCUCCACUCCUCCUCUUUGUACAUAAACUCUUCUUUGGGUUUGCCAAAUUCAACGUAGAGAUACCAUACACUCUGUACACUUAUUUUAUACUUUUUUAUCCUCAGGCGUGAAGACUGUUAAUUUGGAAAAAUGUGAUUUUUGAAAUUAAUUUGGAAUGGAAGUUAUUUGAAAUGUCUGUCUAAUACAUGGUAUUCCAAGGAGUUAGACAGAAAAACAGCUGGGACUGAUUUCACAGCUGCCUAAUUAGAGGAGGAACCCUCUUGAAUUCAUUGGCCUCUCCUCUCCAGAACAAUCUGUAUAAUCUCAACAGAUUUCAUAGUGCGAACUGUCUGUUGGUAGUGCCUUGCUAUGGAGUAGAAUAAAAGAGGUGGUAGCACAGCCUGCCAGACCAUGGCACGUUGCCUGGGAUCCACUCUGGUGGGUUUUCAUGUUCUCGUGUCAGGCUUGUACCCUGAGAGGUGGGCAGGUGUAAAUGGUGGCUGAGCGUGUCCCGGGGUGGGCUCUUCCUUGCUGUCUUUCUCUCCCUUCCACGUGGACUUGCAACCCCUUUUCCCCAAUCUUCUGUCAUCAUGCCACUGAGUCUCAUACCUAAAAGUGACCAUCUGCAUUCUUUUUCUUUUAGCAAUUAUGGCAGUUAAAAAAAAAAGGGAAAAAAAGGCGUUUUGUUCGUAUUCCAGGUGUUGAGGGAUCAGAAUUGUGCUUUACCACCCAUAUAAUGCCUGAACAGACUGCUACUGACUUUGCGACCCUGGACAAGUUAUCUAACCUCUUUGUAAGUGUAGAGUAGUAGUACUACCAGUGGUUUUGCUUUUAAAUCUAAUCCAAACAUUUGCAUAAAAAGUUAUUUUAUUACAGAUCAAAUAAGCUUUCCAGACAAAGUUUUUUAAGCAGUGAGAGAGAUGCCAUGUAGAGUCCAGUAUUUCAAGGACUACUUUAGAUUAGAACCAUUUUGAUCAUGGAGGAGAAAAAUGUUAUCUGAAUUAGAAACACAUUAAAGAUUUGCUGCAUGAACCCAUAAAUGAGUAAGAGGUGUAGUUCAGAAUACAAAGUAGCAUAUAGAAAGAUCCUGACAAGAAAAUUCACCUCAAACAGGGCUAUCCUAUUUAAAAAUGAUGCUUGAAGGAAGGAUUAUACCCCUCAGUGUAAAGUCAUUAGCAUGAGACCGUUUUAGAGGUGCACUUAGUCAAGUAGCACCAAGAGACCUCUUUGUCAGUCUUGACAACAGAUUUUCUGAACAGCAAUUUGGAAGUGUGGAAGAACUGUGUUUUACUGUAUUUUGUCACUAUUCUCAAGAUUUGGAAAAACAAUUCACAGGUCCUAAAUCAUUCAAGCUAAGUAACUUCUUAAUAGGUAUUUGUAUUUUUAGCCAUAAGAGCAG